UCUCAUUCUCUCCCAUUGAUGCGCCGAGGCGUGCCAGUGUGUUCAUGUGAUGCAGGAAGGAUGUGUCCUAAAAGAGUUUGCAUCGAGCCCAAAUGCAUCACUUCUGAGUCCGAUCACCGCUCAGCACUCAUCUUCGGAUAUUCCCCCUUUCGCUUUGCAGUUACAUCGGGUGAAAGGGAAGAAACCGAAGAGAACGAGAGAAGGAUUGUGAAAUGGGAGCUACGGCAUCAUCCGCGCAACGGGACAGCAGAUGUGAGGAGGACGCAGCGGCGGAGGAGCUCACUGCAGCGGCGAGCGAUGCUCAGGAUGACGGCAGUGCUGAUGACAAGUUAUUACAGAAAAACGGGCAGAUCUCCAGUUUGAAUGUAAAGACAAGGAACCAUGCAGAUGAAUUAAAUGGCAACUUUGAGGAGAGAGUACUUGCAGAUGUUGGCUCAGGAUUUGUUACUUUAAAAGAAAAUGGCACAGAAACAAUUGAAGACCUCCAGGAAAUGGAUGCUCUUCAACCAGUCAUGAAGAAUGAGAGCACAGAGAUGCUUGAUGCAGAUAGUGUGACUGUGAAGGAAGAAGCUAUGGAGGACAACCAAGUGAAUGAUAUCAAUGACGUUGGCUUCAAAAAAAUCUUCAGAUUUGUUGGAUUUAAGCUUACCCUAAAAAAAGACACAUGUGAAAAGACUGAAGCAAAUGAACAAGAAGAAAAAGUCACAAGUCUCUCAGAGGACUCCAGUGACACCCAGGAGAACAGUGCAGUGGCAGCAGAUGAAAACACACCUGAUGAGACUCAAAAAAGUGAGGUAUCUUCCCAGCCUGAUGCAGCUGAACCCUCUCAACAAACAGAAAAGGAAAAGGAGCUGGAUCAGGACAUAAAGAUAGUGGAGCAUCAUGUGGAGGACACACCUGAGAAAGAACUGGCAAAAGAAGCAAGUCCUGAACCGGAGGAACCGAUGUCACCAAUCAAGCAAUUCUUUACACAAGGAAUCUUUGCCAGUUUAAGAAAGAAAAAGAAAGAAGAGGAAAUGCAAAAAGAGAGUAAGGAAGAGGAACUCAAAAUAAUUGAAAAAAUGGGUUUAGAAGAGGCAGAAAAAGAAGACAGUAAAUGUAUGUGCCUUGAUAUUCCUUAUAUUACUUCACAGGAAGAAAAAGAUUCACAGGAGAAGGAUAAUGACGACUUGUUACCUGAAGGAGAGCUUCAGAAUUCUCUAGAGAAAGAUAAGGUACAAGGAAGUCCACUUAAAAGACUUUUCAGGAAAUUUUCCACAAGAAGGCAGAGAGAAAGUAAAGCUGCAGAAAAGGUGAUUGAGGCUGAGGAACAAGUCUCUGAACAGCCGAAACCAUCCUCGGAAUUGACAGCGCUUGCAAAAGUCGAGGAACCACUGGUUGGGGAACCAAAACCUGCUGAAGAGGAGCUGGUGGCUGAUGUAAGCCCUCUAGAGUCCAAAAAGAAAUCUGACACCACCGUUUCCUGGGAGGCACUGAUUUGUGGUGGCUCUGCUAAAAAAAGGGCUAGAAAAACAAAUGAGGAUGAAAUGCCAGACAAAGGAGAGGAAUAUGAGAAAACAACUGACUCUCCACUGGGAAGUUCUAUUGAGGGUGAUUAUGAUCAUCUCACAUCAUCUAAUGAACAAACUGGAAGUCCUGCAGAGGGAGAGAUGGGAUCCACAUGGAAAACAUUUAAAAAAAUGGUCACCCCAAAGAGAAAGGUCAGAACUGGAGAAAGUAGUACCCCUGAGCAGAUACCUUCAGACAGUGAGAUGAACAAAGACGAAUCAUUUUCUAUGAAGAAACUUAUUCCAGGGCAUAAAAAGAGAAAAUCAGAUGCAAGGAAAGACCAAACAUCCUCCGAUGAGGGUGCUAAGGAUCAUGAAACAGGUGAUGAAGAUGAUGAAACCCCAGCUAUUAUUCCUCUGUCUGAGUAUGAAAUAAUUGAGCCUGAAAGUCUGAAGGAGGUGAAUGAACAACGAGUUGAAAUCACAAUAGAACACGAGAUGCCAGAGAUGACUUCACAAGUGUUAGAACAGGACACAUCUAAUAACUUAGUGCCCAAAAUUGCAGCUAAAGUUCCAACUAACACUGGACCAACAGUCAUACAUGGAUUAUCAGAGGACUUUGAAGAACUUACAGACUUUGUGAGCAAACAUCAGCAACUGAGUGAUAUUCCAGAAGAAGGCAUCAAUGAGGAAAGCAUUGAAACACCAGUAUCAUCUACUGAGUGGAAAACACAGGAUGACACCUUAGCUGAGGACAUUGUGGAGUUGACAGCUGAUGCGGUCACUGCUCCAGAACCAGCAAGUGAACAAUUUAUUGGGGAUGACACUACUGAAAUGGUCUCGGCAGUCUCACAACUAACUGAAUCUCCCAGGUCAUCUGGACAUGUUACGCCAGUGUCAGCUGAAUAUGGCAUACAAACAUCAGAUGUGAUCCUACAGGAAGCUUUUCAAACCAUUUGCAUGACUCCAAGUGUUCAAUCAGUCACUACAAAAGAUGAAAGCCAAGAAUCUCUGGCCGUGUCAUUUUCACCUUAUAUUGUACAGUCAUCCACAACAGAGGAAACAAAGGUUUUGGUUGCGCAUAAGAAAACUGAGGCAACACCAAUAUGUACAGGCCUAGUAUAUCAAGAAAUAGAAUCUGUUGAAGAACAUAUCCCUGUACCCUUUGUGGAGGCAAUACAUGAAGUAUGUGAUGCUGUCCCAACUGAAUUAGUCUCUGAUAACUUUACAGAUGAAACUGAAACUGCAGGACUUGGGACAGAUGAGGUCUAUGAAGCUGAAAUUAAGGAAGUGAAGACUGAGUAUCAGAAAGUAAUUGUAAAUGAAAAAGAAUCUGCCACUGAAACUGAGCUAAGCGCAGAGCAAAUCAUUCAAUUAGUGGCAGAGCCUCUUGUGGAAGAAUCAGAGGAAACUCAUAUAGAAGACAAAAAAGAGGAACAUACAACUAGUACUGAAUGGAGAGAGGUGAUUGAGACGAUGCAAAGUGAAGCUGGGCUGGAUCAGGUUUUAUCAGACUACACCCAUGAUCCUGAAACAGAGUGUCCACUGCAUUCUGUGUUAGAGGAACCUGUGUAUGAAGGACAAGUAGCUGCUGAACCUGAAAAAGAGCUGACGCCCUUAGAUGUUGAAUUGUCAGCUGCUGAGUUUGAGCAAGCUGCACCCACGGAAGUAGUUGUGUCUUUGACACAUGGUGAUGUAGACAGCAUUCCUGACACUACCACAAGUAAAGAAGUCAAAGCAAUUGAAAUCAUUGCCUCUGCUGUGGAGUGUCUGAAAACCAAAGAGACUGUUAGUAUUGUAAGUCCAAUUUCAGAUCACAUACAGUCAGAGACAUUGGAUUUAGAAGAGAGUUUAAAAUUAGAAGCAGUUGAAUCAGUACACGUUGAUGUCUGUGAAACAAAAGUUGACGUAAAAGAUGGAGUCUUAUUAGCAGGUGAUUCAGUGGUGACUGUGGAGGACAUCAGUGAGAAAACAGAAGAAAAUUAUGAUGAAAAAAUGCCACAGCUGGACAUUAAGGAAAUACAUGUAGAAGAAGAGACUGGGGAUGCUGUUGCUUCAGACGUUGUUGAAAAUAUUGAGGUUGAAAAUACUUCAGAAGCUGUAGAUGAAUCAUUAGACAGAGAACAGUUGCCAGCCAAGGAGGUGUCACUUCCAGAACCAGCAUUAGUUGAAGAGACUGAAGAGCUCCAUAAAGAAGACAUUGAUACAGAUUUGGAUGAUAACAAAGUGAAAGGCAGUGCAACUGACAGAAUGGAUGGGAUAUUUGUGAAAGAGGAAGAGGAACAUGCAGUAAAGGAAAGGCAACCUUUAACAAACACUGAAAGCAAUGAAACAGAGAAUGAAGAGGUUUCUGCUCACACAAAUACUACUGAUGAAUCUCCUGAAAUAAUCGUUGAUGCGGGAAGUGAAAAUGGAGACAUGGUUCAUGAAAUAAGAGAAUGCACAGUUGUUCCUGAGUUUUCAAAAGAUGUACCUGAGCGCACAGAAACACCAGCCAAGCUUGAAGCUAGUUCUGAAGUCAUACUGAAACCUCUAGAGAUGGUGUUGCCAGAAGUAGAAGCAAAACCUUUAGCAACAGAAAUUGUGGUUUCUCAAACAGAAGACUGGAGUCAAGAUACCAAACCAAGUCCAGAGAUUCCCAAAGAGAAUGCACAACCAGUGACAAUUGAGAAUAUUAAGACUGGUAAAGUUUUAGAGAUGGUUGCCAUUAUAGAGAACACAACAAAACAGUCUGGUAAAGAGAAGCCUAUAGAGUCUGAACCUGUUACACAGGUACUCGAAAAAUCUAAGCUACCAGAGGCAACAGAACAAGAGGGUGAAGCAAUAGAUGGUGACCAGGCCCCAGCAAUGACAUCAUCAGAAAUGAAAGAUAUGGCAGUUCCAGAAAAAAAACAUACAAUGGCUGUUGCUCCCAAACCAGAACCUGAAGGGUUUGAUUUGGGGCCGACUAUGAUUGAAGUGGCUGCAAUCACAGUGCUGGCACAAAAUUAUACUGCUACAGAAAUAGAGGUUAGUAAUAUGAGCGAACAGAACAAUGAAGCAGAUGAAAACGCUAGGCUAAAAUGUGAACCUCUUGAACAGGUAACAGAAAAGAAGUCAAAUGAGUUGCAGGUAGACAAGACCGAAAUUAAAGAUGAAAUACCAGCAGUAAUGGAAAUAACCCCCAUUGCACAGGUAUCACCACUGACCUCUGAAGUUGCAUCAGAAAUGCCAGAAGUUGCUGUUUCUGAGAUACAAACACAAGUAGUGAGUGAACUCAGGGCUGAGACGCUUGAAGUGACAGAACCAACGGUAGAAAUUCCAGUGGUAACAGAAGUGAAAGUAGAGACAGCUGUAGUAACUGAACUGCAAGUGGAGACACCAGUUGUCACAUCAGUGGUUACAGAACUUGAAGUAGAAACAGCAGAGUUUACAUCUAUGGCAAAAACAACUGAUACUCUCAAUUCUGCUGUUGCGUCACAAAAUCAAAACAUAGAUACUGACACAUCAGUGUUGACAACAGUGAUCAAAGAACAAGUGGUGGAGAUUCCCACUGUUGUUUCUGUGGUAGUGACACCAGCUACACCUCUAGAUGAAACACCCGUUGUAACUCUAGGCAAUGAGUCAAAGGAUGUACCUCCAGUAAAAGACACACCUGCUGUGACUGAAGCAGUAGAAACACCAAAUGUUGAAUCAGUGAUUGUGAGGACUGCUGUGGCCCCAGCAGUAGAGAUACAGAAUGUGAUUCCAGUGGUAGCAACACCAGAUCUUGGUUCAGUAAUAGUAAUAGAAGCUGCAUUUCCAGUAAUAAGUACAGCAACAGUGACUACAGUAGCAGAAGCAACAGUUUUGAGCACAGUUGUAGAAACACCUGUUUUUUCUGUCACAUCAGUAAAAUCAACUCCAGCUGUGGUAGAGAAAACAGCUGUUUCACCUGUAGUAGAAAUCCCAGCCACAGUAACAUCUGUUGUGCAGACUCCAGCUGUUGUUUCAGUGGCAGAGAAUGUACCUCCAGAAGAGGUUACAAUAGAUGUGACCCCAUUUGCAGAAACACCUGUGAGCCAAGUAAUUGAAACUCCCAUUGUUUCCAUCACAUCAGUAAAACCAACUGUACCUGCAGUGGCAAAGACACCAGUCACUGAGAUACCAGCUAUGAUUUCAGUGACAGUAGCAGAAGCAGAAGCUGUAUCUCCUGUAGUAGUUACAUCGGCUGGAACUCCAGUAGAACCAGAAACAAUUAUGAUCCCAGAAGUAGAAACUUCAGUAGUAACUUCAACUGUAGAGACAUCACUUGUGACACUAGUGGUACAAACACCAGCUCAGAUUUCAAUAAUUGCAACAGAUGCAGGACCUCCAGUUACACCACCAGCAACUGCAGCAUCAGAAACAUCAGCUGUGAUCCCAGCUGUAGAAACUCCUGUUGUAAAGUCAUCUCCAGUUGCAGUGGAUGAGACUCCAGUUGUGACCCCAGUGGUACAGACACCAGGUCAGUUUUCAGUGAUGGUAACAGAAACUGCCCUUCCAGCAGUUGUUUCAGCAGAGACUGCAGAGGUAGAAACACCUGUUGAGAUCCCAGUACUAGAAACUCCCGUUGUAAGGUCAACUCCAGUUGCAGUGGUUGAGACACCAGUUGUGACCCCAGUGGUACAAACACCAGGCCAGGUUUCAGUUAUGGUAACAGAAACUGCCCCUCCAGUAGUUGUUUCUGCAGUGACUGCAACAGUAGAAACACCUGUUGUGAUCCCAGUAGUAGAAACACCUGUUGUAAAGUCAACUGCAGUUGCAGUGGUUGAGACACCAGUGAUGACCCCAGUGGUACAGACACCAGGUCAGGUUUCAGUGAUGGUAACAGAGAUUGCACCUCCAGUAGCUGUUUCAGCAGUGGCUGAAACAGUAGAAACACCUGUUAUGAUCCCAGUAGUAGAAAGUCCAGUAGUAAAGCCAGCACCAGUUGCAGUGGUUGAGACACCAGUUUUGACUCCAGUGGCACAGACACCAUGUCAGGUUUUAGUGGCAGUAACAGAGGCUGCACCUCCAGUAGUUGUUUCAACAGUGACUGCAGCAGCAGAAACACCUGCUGUGAUCCCAGUAGUGGAAACUCCAACUCCAGUUGUUGUGUCAGAGACACCAGUUGUAACCCCAGUGAUGAUGACACCAACUGUGAUUCCAAUAGCGGAAAGGUCAGUUGUGAGCCUAGUAAUAGAAACUACCGCAGAAGCGCCAACUGCAAUUGCAAUGGCAGAGAGACCUGUUAUGAUCCCAGUGGUACAGACACCAGCUCUGGUUUCAGUGAUUGCAAAAGAGGCUGCACCUCCAGUAAUUCCAGAA